AUGUUUGCGCCCAUCUGAAGCAAAGUAUUGACUGGACUUAUCUAAAUACCGGAUUAAAAGAAAAAGAGGAACUGGCUGUAUCAGAGUGAGAGAAAGUGGGAGAGGUUGAGGAAACAUACAAGAACCUAAAAGAAAGGGCAAUAAGUAUGAGCAUAGCUUUGCUAAUCUCAGAAAUGGUGGCCAGAACUGUCCUGUGGUUUGGCAAAUGAUCAUAGCCAGCAAAUCCUAAUUACCCUAGAAGCUUCCUUUAGAAGUGCCACAAAGAUGUAGGAGGUAUGCUUAUCCGCCUUGUGACACAAAAAUGGAAGCAUAGUUAAUAGAUGAGAAAAGCAUGACUCAGAAUGAUUUUCAAUAUUGGAAUGCUGGGAAUUUAUGAGAGGUAUUUUCGCGUAAGAAUAAUAGGACUUGUUUAAAAGGAUUGGAGAGUGGGGGGCAUCCCAGAUGCGUGAGAAGCAGUAUAGCUAAUGGUUAGAAGCAGGUUUGCUGGAGCCAGGCUGCCUGGGUUCAAAGCCCACCUCUGCUGCCUGUUAGCUUGUUAGCUGCACAACCACGGGGUGCUUUCGAGCCUUGUGUGCCUUUGUUUCCCCACGCACUUCAUGAGGCUGUUGCAGAAAUUAAACGAGUUAAUAUAUAGUCAACAGCUCUGAACACUGCUUGACUGAGUCAGCCCUACCUAACGUUUAAUUUAAAGGAUGUGGCCCUGGGUUCCCAAAGGGAGCGGCCACUCUAUUCACAAACAUUAAAGCAGUAAAGGCUCCAUCCUCAUCAACCUUCUCCUCAGUUGGACCCCACAGGACUGUCUCUCGCAACUGUUCCCUUGGCUCUCCUAAGGCACUGUGCGGAACCAGCUGCACCUCUUUUUCUUUAGAUCAGGCUUUCCCUUCUCCGCCCGUUUUGGGAUUUAACAAGCACGAGAAAGGAGGGCUGCAGGGAAGCCGCGAGGGCCUCCUCACCACGGCCCGGGAUCAGGUCCCACGCGCGAGGCCGGGGUGGGGGCGUCACCUGCUCCACACCCAGAGCCUGGGCACGCCCCGCACGCGCGGCUUCCUGCUCCUCUGCGGGGCUCGCCGCGACCCAGGACCCCCAGACUCCCGGAUCCCCUAGACCCUCUGGACUCCAAAGCCCCGCAACCUCCAAAUCCCAAGACCCAGAACCCUCGAACCCUGGCCCAGGGCGGGUGGCUGGGGGCCUGAACCCGCUCCAGAAACCCGCAGGGCAGUCUGUCGGAAGCCCCCGCUUUACUCAGCAGGAAUGUAGUCUCCGCGCUCCCCCUAAAACCCGGGCGUCCUCUCCCCUGCACCCUCGCUCCUGGGGCCCCCACACGCCCUCCGUGGCGAACCUCCAGGCCGGGAGGGUGCGCUGUGCGACGCGGAAAGCGCCAUAGACCACGCAAGACACGUUUGGCUGAGCUCCCGGAAGUGACGUACCUUAGGCGCCCGACAGUUGUAGUACCACCCGCGCCCGACGGCGGAAGUUCCGGGAGUGCCAAGUACCCGCGUGCAUACGGCAGCCGGCAUGGCGCAUUACAACUUCAAGAAAAUUACGGUGGUGCCGUCCGCCAAGGACUUUAUAGACCUCACGUUGUCGAAGACUCAACGAAAGACUCCAACCGUUAUUCAUAAACAUUACCAAAUACAUCGCAUUAGACAUUUUUACAUGAGAAAAGUCAAAUUUACUCAACAGAAUUACCAUGAUAGACUUUCACAAAUUCUAACAGAUUUCCCUAAAUUGGAUGAUAUUCAUCCGUUCUAUGCCGAUUUGAUGAAUAUUCUCUACGACAAGGAUCAUUACAAGUUGGCUCUGGGGCAAAUAAAUAUUGCUAAAAAUUUAGUGGACAAUGUUGCUAAAGAUUAUGUGCGACUGAUGAAGUACGGCGACUCUCUCUACCGCUGCAAACAGCUGAAGCGUGCGGCCCUGGGACGGAUGUGCACGGUGAUCAAGAGGCAGAAGCAGAGUUUGGAGUAUUUGGAGCAAGUGCGUCAGCAUUUAUCCCGUUUGCCAACCAUUGAUCCGAAUACCAGGACCCUGCUUUUGUGUGGGUACCCAAAUGUUGGGAAGUCCAGCUUCAUCAACAAGGUGACGAGAGCAGACGUGGAUGUCCAGCCCUAUGCGUUCACAACCAAGUCUCUGUUUGUUGGGCACAUGGAUUAUAAGUAUCUACGUUGGCAGGUUGUAGACACUCCUGGGAUCCUGGACCACCCUCUGGAGGAUAGGAACACCAUCGAGAUGCAGGCCAUCACUGCCCUGGCCCACCUCCGUGCUGCAGUCCUGUAUGUGAUGGAUUUGUCUGAGCAGUGUGGGCAUGGGCUGAGGGAGCAGCUAGAACUCUUCCAGAACAUCAGACCUCUCUUCAUCAACAAGCCUCUCAUAGUUGUAGCCAACAAAUGUGAUGUGAAGAGAAUAGCUGAACUUUCUGAAGAUGAUCAGAAAAUAUUUACAGAUUUGCAGUCUGAAGGAUUCCCUGUAAUAGAGACCAGCACCCUGACUGAGGAAGGUGUUAUUAAAGUUAAAACAGAGGCUUGCGAUAGGCUUUUGGCUCAUCGAGUGGAAACCAAAAUGAAGGGAAAUAAAGUGAACGAGGUGCUGAAUAGACUGCACCUGGCUGUCCCAACCAGGAGGGACGAUAAGGAGAGGCCCCCUUUCAUCCCUGAAGGAGUGGUGGCUCGCAGGAAGAGGAUGGAAACGGAGGAGCCCAAGAAGAAGAGGGAACGAGAUCUUGAGCUGGAAAUGGGAGAUGAUUAUAUUUUGGAUCUUCAGAAGUACUGGGAUUUAAUGAAUUCGUCUGAAAAACAUGAUAAGAUACCAGAAAUCUGGGAAGGCCAUAAUAUAGCUGAUUAUAUUGAUCCAGCCAUCAUGAAGAAAUUGGAAGAAUUAGAAAAAGAAGAAGAGCUGAGAACAGCUGCUGGAGAGUAUGACAGUGUAUCUGAGAGUGAAGACGAAGAGAUGCUGGAAAUCCGACAGCUGGCAAAGCAGAUUCGAGAGAAAAAGAAGUUGAAAAUUCUGGAGUCCAAAGAAAAGAAUACACAGGGACCCAGGAUGCCGCGAACUGCUAAGAAGGUUCAGAGGACAGUUUUGGAGAAGGAGAUGCGUAGUCUUGGUGUUGACAUGGACGAUAAAGACGACGCCCACUACGCAGUCCAGGCAAGAAGAUCCCGGAGCAUCACUAGGAAAAGAAAGCGGGAAGACUCUGCUCCCCCGUCCUCUGUGGCCCGGAGUCGGAGUUGCUCUCGAACUCCACGUGACGUUUCUGGUCUUAGGGAUGUCAAGAUGGUGAAGAAAGCCAAGGCUAUGAUGAAGAAUGCUCAGAAGAAGAUGAAUCGUUUGGGGAAGAAAGGGGAGGCGGAUAGACAUGUGUUUGAUAUGAAGCCCAAGCACUUGCUGUCUGGGAAGAGGAAAGCUGGUAAAAAGGACAGGAGAUAGUAUUCGUUUGGUUGGCGUGGCUCGGCUAGACUGUUGCUGUUUAUUUCCUGGCUUGGCACAGUAUGGUUUCAUGAAAUUGGAGUUCUGUAUAAACUGAAAAAGACAAAAUAAGUAAAGCACUUGUUGCUUUGCUGAAAACUAUGGUUAACCCUAUAUAGAUGUGGGACAUUUUUGUCACUGCAUAAUAUUACAAAUAUUUUGAGUAGACAAUGUUUCCACAUUUAAUGGAGUAUCAGUUGCUUCAGAUUUUCAGAACUGGGACGGUUUACUGGUGUAACUGGGUUGUUUUUGGUGGAGAAAAACCUUAUUUUCUUUUGUAAGAGCUGAGAGCAAACACAUUUGUGAGUGUGUUGGAAUCCCGUGCUUAAAAUACCCUCUUAAAUUAUUUUCUAGUCUUAUUGUACAAUGUCUCAUUGUAGUCUGUCUUCAACUAUUUUAUCCAAAAUAAACCUCCAGAAGAAAGUA